UGCACAGAACUGGUCAGUUCUUUAUUUUUAUUUUAAAAUCCUGCUUUUGAAGGUAUGUAAUUUUGAUGAUUUUCCAAUGCAGUAGCGUCAGGCAUGGAUGAAGAUCAACACGCAAAUUCAGGUCCUUCUAACAAAUCACCAAAUCAAGUGCCCCAAAAGCAAAAAAAAAAGCCAAGAGGCCCUACAAAAGGAAUAAAAUCCAUGCCCGGGGUUCCAAGAAUAAUUGAAUGGGAUCACUUGGACCGACCCACAGGGAAAUGGGCAACGGAUUACAAGAAUCACAUUGGCGAGAUAAGUCGCGCAAAGGUUUCAAUAUUGAUCAGAACCUGGGAAGAUGUUUCACAAGGAAUAAAAGACACUUUGUGGGAAGACGUCAAGAGAGAAUUUCAUAUCACAGAUGAAACUAAGAAAGAAGUUGUCUUAAAGAGUUGUGAUAAGCGUUGGAGGGAAUUCAAAUCAAGAUUGACGACUGGUUGGAUCCGGGGUACAAGAAAAAGGCCAAAAGAUGAAAAGAUGCCAUAUGAUUUGUAUAGUUAUAUAACUAAGGAUAUAUGGAAGGAAUUUGUGAAGAUACGUACCUCCGAAGAAGCUGAGGAAAUAAGUGAGAAAGCAAGACAAAGUCAAUCUUUCAACAUAUAUCCUCAUCAUAUGGGACAGAAAUCAUAUGCUGAAAUGACAAGUGAAUGGCAGAGAAAAGGGUACAUUCCCUCAGUUUCUUCGUCAUCUGAAGGUUCCUCUGCGUCUACAAUUUCUUCAAGUUUGCCGAGUAGGACAUGUUUAUGGCUUCUUGCAAGAUCGGUACCAGAUGAGAAAGGAAAUCCUUACUUGCCGGAUCAGGGCACACAAAAGGUCAAAGAAAAUAUUGAUGAAUGGAAAAGGAAACAAGAUGAAGGGGAAUUUGUUCCCAAAAGUGCACGAGAUGAUGUCUUAUCUCGUGCACUUGGUAAGACUAAAGAAGGGAGACCACUAACAUUUGGUGGUGGAGUAGGCAUCAAAGCUGUGUGGGGGACCGGAGAGCGGCGUAGCUUUCGACGGUAUGGAGAUGCGGAGAUGGAGGAAAUGGAAGCAAGAGUGACCAAAAGGGUCAAAGAUGAGACAAUACAAGAGAUGAACUCCAAGAUGGAUGCCAUGGUCAUGGAGAAAUUUAUCACAUUUGCUAAAGAACUUGGUGUCCAAAUACCAAGCCAAUGAGGAUAGA